UCUCCUCUCGUCCUUUCUCUCGCGCCUUUGCUCUCUCGUCUCUGCGAGGGUCCUUCAGUGAAAUAUCGAAAAUUCCAUCACCAGAUCCUCUGUAGUUUCAUUAAUCUUCUCCUUCCUUGGCCAGUUUCUGGUAUUCCCCGUCGUACAGCGCCAUACCAUCGCCUUUCCGCUCUAUUGCUUUAACUGCAGUGCUUUAGCGCCGCCGAAACCAUCUCCUCUUCCACACGGUCAUCGUCGCUGAAUCUCAUCUCUGCUAUCUUGAGCUUCCACUCGCAAGGUUCCACCAGGUCUUGUGAACUAAUUGUUCGUUCUUCAUGUAUAACUCAUUUCUCCAGAAAAACCACUGCCAAUUUUUGGGGUUUGAUUCUAACUACAACUGAAUCAGUGGCAACUUCUAAAACAUCUAAAAUUUUUUGGAGCAUCCGGGGGUCACACUUGUGAUAACAUCUUUCUGCCUUAGAACAUAAAAUGUAUUUGAUACUUUAAGAAAUCUUAUCUUUUCUCAUUAAAUUAAAAAAAUUAGAUGAUGUCCUUGUGCAUCCAUGUCAAUUCCCGUGAUUUGAAUUCAUACUUGGGUUCUGUUCAAUUUUUUUUCCAAUUAAUCUUUAUGAGUUGGACUUUGAUCCCUCUCAUAUUGAAGGCCUAAAUCCUGGGUUUCAAAAUUAGCAUCUAUCUCUUCAUUUAAUUUCGAAGCUGUAUCCAUCUUUGUUACUGUUGUCAGUUCAAUCCUAUACAGAUGUUACAGGCAUUGAUCCCUCAUAAUUGAAGGCACCCAUCCCAUGUCAAAACUUACAUUCGUUCAUUUAAUCUUAUUGCCAAAUUAGAAAUAUCUAUUUUUGUUACAAUUCUCAAUUGAAUCUUACGUAUUUGCAAAUGUCUUUGUAACUUUGGUAAUUCUCUUUUGCCUGUUUUUAUAAAGUAGGAUGCACAGGUAACUCUUGGGAAAGAGAUGUAUGAGCCUCUUGCAAUGGAUAAACAAAGUGAUUGUUUCUUUUCCGCAAUGGCUUCAAGUUUUAGCAUUACAUCCAUUAUCAUUACCAUGGCCACAGUUAUCUUGUUUCGUGUUCUGUUUGUUAUCUACCAAACGGGGAAACCCCAUCACCACAGGGAUUCACAGCCUCUCAGUACUCUCAUUAUUUUAGGUUCUGGCGCACGGCAAAUACUCUUGAUCUCUUUCCUCUGGUGCAGAAUAACAGGUUUACACCCAUUGCUUUUAGUUACUUUAAUAUGCAAUCACUGCUCUACAAUUUUUGUUUUAUCAGGGGGACACACAGCAGAGAUGCUCGAUCUUCUGUCUGUGUUGCAGAAGAACAGGUUUAAACCUAGAUUUUAUAUUGCUGCUGCCACUGAUAAUAUGAGUCUCCAAAAGGCUCGUGCAUUGGAGAAUUCUUUAGCAGAUAUGAGCGAGAUUAAGGAUGUUCCUCAACAGUUCAUGCAGAUUUACAGGAGCAGGGAAGUUGGCCAAUCAUAUGUGACUUCUGUUUGGACAACUUUACUUGCUCUUGCUCAUGCUUUAUGGCUAAUGAUUAAGAUCAGACCCCAAGUGGUUCUCUGCAAUGGCCCGGGGACUUGUGUCCCCAUUUGUGUGAUAGCCUUCUUGUUUAAGGUUGUGGGGAUUAGAUGGUCAUCUACAUUUUACGUCGAGAGUAUAGCAAGAGUGAGAAGGCUGUCUUUAAGCGGCUUGGUUCUGUAUAAAUUACGAAUAGCUGAUCAAAUAUUUGUGCAAUGGCCUCAAUUAAAGAGUAAGUAUCCUCGGGCUCAUUACGUUGGCCGCCUCAUGUGAUUGAAUUCUUCCAAAAGAUCUGUCUUUAGAUUCUUUUUAGUCCAGAACAGGUUAUGCAAAUAUUAUACAAAAUAUAACUGUGUUUUAAGAUUGUGCAAAAACAUGAAUCAAUUUGAAUCCCAUGUUUAACUUCUUCACAUGCACUUUUAUAGUAUAUGUACACUCUUCAAUA